AUGAAGGCUUUGAUCCUACAAGGAUUCAUUUUGGCCUUUGCCAUUUGCUUCCAGCUCAGUGAGAGUCAGAAAUCAUGGCAGCAGACAAUAGAAAAGGUAAUCAACAGUCAACCCAUCCAAAAGUUAACUUCCAAGACAUCACAAAGCAAACUUUUACCUACACAGCUUGACAAACAACUUUCAUCCUUGUCUCAUCACUCUGCCUCACCUACCAACAGAUUGUUAUCACCCUUCAAUGCUCAGAGUGUAAAGACUGUACUUUCUGAUGUUGGCUCAAAGGUUAAAAAGGGAGUUGAACAUUUAUCUUCACAAUUUAGGAAAUUAAGUAGAAAGAGAAGAUCUGACCGGUCCAGGCCGGUUAACAGACUGGUAAAACAACCUAAGAUUAGAUCAGCUACUCAAAUACCUAAACGCAGAAAGAGAUCUUCAGAAUCCUUGAAAAGGACCCAGUCUAAACCAUGCAGAAAACAACCAUCUAAGCUAGAAAAGAAAAGACAAAAGGUAACGGAAAAUUUGGCACGUUCUACGAAGGCUAUUAAAAUAAAGCUCACAAAAGAUAAAUCUGUAAUAUCACCCAAGAGAAAGCAAGCCUCCCCUAAGUCCAGAAAGGAAAAACGACAGCAAAGGAAAGAGCAGAGAGAGGAAAGACGACAGCAAAGGAAAGAGCAGAGAGAGGAAAGACGACAGCAAAGGAAAGAGCAGAGAGAGGAAAGACGAGAGCAGAGAGAGGAAAGACGUCAGCAAAGGAAACAGCAGAGAGCUGCUUCAAGGGCUGUAAAGAAAGAGCUUAGGGAGAUUACAUCUAAACUGGCACUUCUGAAAAAGCAAACAUCAUUUGUCAUAAAUAAUAGCUUAGGUAAAUCCAAGACCAGACACCCCAAACUCAACGAGAAAAGCACACUUGAAACCUUUGAAGAAGCAAAGAAUCUACUUUCCUUAGCAGAGGAAAUCUUCAAUGCAUCUAUGAGGGGACAACCAACACCUGCUCAGAUAUUGUUGUCUUCACCUAAUUCAAUGAUUUCUAGUACCAGUGCAGGACCUGCUCCCACUAAGAGUUCAACCACAGCCCCGGUGAUUAGCACUACUACCUUAGUACCAUCAACCACUACCUCAGCAACAGAGACUACAUCCACAAAGCCUUCAGAAGAUUCCACACAUACAGGUACUUCCUUUAGUCCUACAACUUCGGCCUCUGUCUCUACCACUAUAUCUGCUUCUACCUCAGAGGUCUCAGAAACUGAAGCAAACACCGAAGAUAUGACCACCACCCAAGCUAUGGAUGGUUCUACCACUCAAGCUGCCUCUAAAACUUCAACAAGCAUAAGUACCACACCUCGUGUCACCACUACAAACACCACCUCUGUGCUUACUGGAGACAAAUCUAAAACAAAUUUCACUACUCAAGGGAUUGAGGCCACCACCAGUGGUAGCACAUUGUCAUCAACCAGCAAGGCCACAUCUCUUGCUCCUGCCACUACAAAAAUACCCACAACAUCUGCCUUUGUUUCUGUUGGUUCUACCAGGAAUGCAUCACAAGGCAUCACAUCUGCAUCACGUUCUACUAGUAGUGCACCUAUCACUGUCACAACUACAAAAAACGUGACUACCACAUUAGUAACUACAACUGUCACUCAAACAGCAAAUAACACAAGCAAUGAAACUACAACCCAAGUGCAUGUAGGAACCACUAAGUCAACAACUGGCACAACUUCUGUAGCCAUAUGA